GGGUGGGGGUGUUCAAACCAGUCAAGGGCUUUAGCCAGCAAUCCCCAGAUCUGCGUGGGCUCAGGGAGUUGCUGGGGAAAAUCCUUUCUGUGCUUAAAUUUAGUUUGAAGUCCCUCGCUGGACCUGGGCCUGACUGCAUAAGAGAAAUCUCAUCUCUGCUUUUUUAGGACAUUCUCCCCUUUCCUUCACAGAGCCCUCCCGCAGCCCUGACGGGCACAAGGGAGGUUGGGCAGUGUGGGCUGGUCUGGGCUCAGGUGUGUGACCAAAUCGAUCCCUCCUGAUCAGGGCAGAAAAUUCCAGUUGCAGAAAAUCCCAAUUUCAGUCAAUUCCAGUUUCAGCAAAUUCCAGUUUCAGAAAAUAGCAGUUUCAGAAAAUGCCAGUUUUGGUAAAUAACAAUUUCAGAAGAUCUCUAUUUCAGGAAAUCGCAAAGAAGUAAACAGUAAACACCAAUUUCAGAAAAUACCAAUUUCAGUAAAUAACAAUUUCAGUAAAUACCAAUUUCAGAAAAUCCCAAUUUCAGUAAACACCAAUUUCAGAAAAUACCAAUUUCAGUAAUUCCCGAUUUCAGUAAACACCAAUUUCAGAAAAUUCCAAUUUCAGAAAAUCCCCAUUCCAGUCAAUUCCAGUUUCAGUAAAUACCGUGUCCUCUGACCCUAGAACUAAAACCUAAAAGCAAAGAUCUUUUCCCCACAGGUGCUGGGCAGACCCCAGACCCCUCUGCAGCUCCAGCUCCAGCAGGACCCGGCUGGAAUCAGGAGCAGGGGCUGGAAUUCUGUGCCAGGACCAUCCCUGGGCAAGGGCUGAGGCAGCACCUGGAAAAUCAAAUUAUGGAUGGGGGAGCUGAUCAAUGGGGUUCGUUAUCAGGAACUGUGGAGCAACGCUGAGAUUUGGGGUGGGAGAGCUGAUUAAUGGGAUUUAUUACCAGGAAUCGUGGAGCAACACUGAGAUUUGGGGGUGAAAAGGAGCUUUGAGCAGAAGAAAGGCAGAGGAGUGUAGGGAGAGACCAGCCCAUUGUAUAGAGAUGUUCCUCCUGUUGGGGUUUUGGGUAUUAUUUCCUUUUUUUUUUUUAAUUUUUAUUUUAUUUUAUUUUCCCUUUUAUUUUAUUUUCUUUUUUUUUUUUUUUAAUUCUACUUUAGAUCUGCAAGCUUGUGCACUGUGGGUGCGUGACUAUUUUAGUGUGAACCGUGUUUUUUGUCAUAGUAUUGAAAUAAUAAAAGCUUCAACAUAGUUUGGAUGUGGAAGGUGUAGCGCUAGUUCAGAUCUGAGAAACAAAAAUGAGAAACGAACAUUCAGGAAAUUAAUUUAAAACAAAAAAAGAGAAAGAGAACAACUCUUAGAAAGAGCAGAAGCCUUUAACUGAGAGGAGCAAGCUGAGGAGGGGUGUGGAGGCUGUGUCUGUGUGUUCCUUGGGAAUGUUCCCUCUGUUCCAGUGCAUCCAGCAUUCCAGAUGUGGGGGGCAGUGCUGUGUCCAUUCCAGAUGUGGGGGGCAGUGCUGUGUCCAUUCCAGAUGUGGGGAGCAGUGCUGUGUCCAUUCCAGCUGUGAGGAUCCAUUCCAGCUGUGAGGAUCAGUGCUCUGUCCUGUGCUCACUGUGGGGUUUUUGGUUUUGUUUUGCUCAGCUCCUGGGACCCCAGGGAGGGCUCGGGGGGUGCAGCUGAGGCUGCCCCGCCCGUCCUGGCAGAUUUUGGGCAGGAUGGAGCCUUGUCCCCAAAGCCAGCCCAGUGACACCCCACAGCAGUGUCCCUGACCCCCAGGAUUCCUGUCCUGGCAGAUUUUGGGCAGGAUGGAGCCUCGUCCCCAAAGCCAGCCCAGUGACACCCACAGCAGUGUCCCUGACCCCCAGGAUUCCUGUCCUGGCAGAUUUUGGGCAGGAUGGAGCCUCGUCCCCAAAGCCAGCCCAGUGACACCCCACAGCAGUAUCCCUGACCCCCAGGAUUCCUUUCUUUUCCCCAAAGAAACGAGUCCAUAACCCAGCUGGGCAGCAGCAGUGCCUCCAUCCCCGUGGGUUUGUCCCUUUUUGUGCCCAGUUCUGGCUGCUCUGUCACCUGUGUGUGCUGUAACUCCCAGAGCUGAGCAGCUUUGGUAGGAACCACAGCCCAAACCUGCCCAGGCACCUCCAGCAGCCCCUGCCAGGUGGGCACGGGGGGACCUGCCCCACCUGGGCUGGUGUUUGUCCCAAAAGGGGACAGCUCAGAGCCCACCCCAACACCCAGUGACAGCCUGGGGGUGGCACUGGCUGGGCUUUAAUGUCCCCUCCAUCCCAAAGCUCUGGUUUGGGGUGGAUGGAGCGAACUCACGAGGGAGCAGCUCCUUCAGUGACCCCUCCCCACUGCCACGGCUGCUCUGGGGCUGGUGGCACUGCUGUGGCUCUGUGUGUCCCUCCCUGGGGUGGUGGCACUGCUAUGGCUGCUCCAGGCUUGGUGGCACUGCUGUGGCAGCUCCAUAUGCCCAUCCCUGGGGGUGGUGGCACUGCCAUAGCUGUUCCAGGGUUGGUGGCACUGCUGUGGCUGCUCCAUGUCUCCAUCCCCAAUGUUGGUGGCACUGCUGUGGUUCCAAAUGUCCAUCCCAGAGUUGGUGGCAUUGCCAUAGCUGCUCCAGGAUUGGUGGCACUGCUGUGGUUCCAUAUGUCCAUCCCAGGGUUGGUGGCACUGCUGUGGCUCUGUGUAUCCAUCCCCAGAGUUGGUGGCACUGCUGUGGUUCCAAAUGUCCAUCCCUGGAGUUGGUGGCAUUGCCAUAGCUGCUCCAGGGUUGGUGGCACUGCUGUGGUUCCAUAUGUCCAUCCCAGGGUUGGUGGCACUGCUGUGGCUCUGUGUAUCCAUCCCCAGAGUUGGUGGCACUGCUGUGGUUCCAUAUGUCCAUCCCUGGGGUUGGUGGCACUGCUGUGGUUCCAUGUGUCCAUCCCUGGGGUUGGUGGCACUGCUGUGGUUCCAAAUGUCCAUCCCAGGGUUGGUGGCAUUGCCAUAGCUGCUCCAGGGUUGGUGGCACUGCUGUGGUUCCAGAUGUCCAUCCCUGAGGUUGGUGGCACUGCCGUGGCAGCUCCAUGCGUCCAUCCCAGGGUAGGUGGCCCUGCCCCCUGGCUGUCCCCAGUGUCACAGGAGCUGUCCCAUCUCUCUCGUGCUGCACCAUUCGUACAGGUGACAAUAGUGCAUCCCGCCCGUCAGCUUCCCGAGUGGCGUUUUCUUUUCACACUUUUCUAUGGAGCCUUCGAACCCCACGUCCUUCACCACCAGGCUGUUUUGAUAGUUGUUCUCAGCCCCUCCAUGGCCAUCCUUCCCCAGCAUUCCCUACUUUUGGGGGCCUUCUAUCUUGUUAAAAAAAGAAAAAAACAAAAAAUCUUUUUACCGAGUGAAACAUCGACUCCACCUUUAUCCCCAUUCUCACUGGUGUAAAUACUGAUACUAACUGAGGAUUUUGACUUUGCAUUCUGUCAGAAUACUGUGUUCAAAUAAAAACUACAAAAAAAAAAAAAAAAAAAA